GAUAGCAGCGCCACCAACUUCUUUUGACAGUUUUGCAGGAAAAAGUUGCACAAUUCCCAGAAAAUCUCAGAGAGGAAAUGUUUGCGGCAACUCCUGUGGCUGCUUCCUCUGGGAGUUCUGAGGCUCCCAAAGCGGAUAAACUGUCCUCACCAUUUAUCUGCAAACCAUCUGAGCUGCCCCUCUAUGCAUCCCUCCACGAUCAAGUCAAGAAGGAUGCUUGCAAGCACUGUGAGCCUUCUUCGGCUUCCUACAAGUCUGACAUUGAGGGGGCUAUCCGUGUGGUGAGGGUGGAAGUGUGUGAAGCAGCCAAGUUGGUCAGUGAUAACAAGAAACAGAUUUCUGAUGCCUACGACAGGGCCAAGGAUCAAACUCUCUUCAUCCGGAAUUAUCUGAAUGAGGAACAGAAUACGAUCCCACGUAUUGGAGCUGUGGCAAUUGGUGGGUUGACGGGAUUCAUCUUUGGCCUUCGCGGAGGCAUCUUCCGGCGCCUCUUCUACGGCUCACUGGGAGCUGGAGCAAUUGCAGCCAUUUGCUACCCCAAGGAGGCUGAGAAGGUGACCCAGCAGGGACUGGCAGAGGCCAAGAAGUACUCAACAAUCGCAAUAAACUUCGCUUAUGGCGUCAAACCGGGUGAUGAGCAGAUAAAUCUUCCCAAGAUCCCCACAAGCCUGGAUGAGCUGAAGGAGAGUCUCUCGGGACUGGCCACUUCAGCCAAGAAAACCGUCUUCCCGGACAAAUAGUCCAGGGGGCGGACAAUUGUAUAAAUUGUAGUCAAUAUAAAGCGAAUUAAAAACUU